GAUCUUUUGGUCGGGAAUACUUCUCAUUCCCGUGUACUUCCUGUCUUGGUACGUCCCACCUAAUCUCCCGGAUGUUGUGAAGAUGAUCUAUUAUCUCCUGCUGAGUUCACUCUUCAUGUUUCUACAGACGGCUAACAACGUCUCCUACCGGACCCUGGUGAUGUACAUGUCUGAUGACGAGAACGCCAGGAACAGAGCUACACUCAUAAGAGGCGCCGUUGAGCUGGUUGCUGUAGUAGUGGGUAUCGCCCUGCAUGGUCAGAUCGUGGCCGCUUACGACACGGCGCCUGAGAAAGCCUGUAGACUAGCGAACAGCACCGACAACAGCACAAACCACCGCAUAGACCCAGAGGAACUGGAGGAUGUCGUAAGCAUGCAGUUAUCAAAGAAAAACGGGUACCUGAUCUCUGCCGGGGCCAUGUGUGGCAUGUCCCUGUUGGCAACCCUGAUAGUCACACUAGGAGUGAAGGAGAGAAGAGAUAUGGAAAGAGAAAACGAGCAGAAUUUGAACGGAAACUUCCUGAAGACGCUGAAAGGCGUGGUUACCUUCCGUCCGAACGUCUACUUCCUGAUAUACGAUGUCUGUUUAUAUUCUCCAACUGUGAUCUACUCAGGAGGUGCAGCUAUCUACCUACAAUAUUCACUCGAUCUCCGCAGUCAAGUGCCAAACAUCCUGUUGAUUACUGUGGUAUCUACUGUAGUGGCCCUGCCUGCAGUCGGCGUACUUGUCGACAAAUUCGGAAAGAAGCCGGUCUACAUAGUCAUGGUGGCGUUGACGAUCCCGUUCCUGACUGGGUGCGGCCUUGUACCUCCCGGGAACCUGCCCGUAGUGAUAGUCAUUAUCGUCUUCAUGGGGGCGCUGAUGUCCGCCAACAGCUACAUCCCAUGGACCAUGUUGUCCGACAUCGUGGACGCCUACCAGCUGCAGACCAACCAGCGGCUGGACACGCUGUUCUUCAGCAUGUACCUGCUCAUGUGUCGCCUGGCUUCUGUACUGGGGCAAGCAGCCACAACCGUCGCGCUGGUAAUCGGCGGGUACGUAACCGGUGAAUGUACUCAGCCUGAGUCUGUGGACACGUCACUGAGAAUUCUGAUGUCCGGCCUUCCCGUCGGCCUCUCCCUGAUUGGUCUAGUGUGUCUUAUAAAAUAUCCAAUCACCGAGGAGAUAAGAAAGGAAAACAAGGAGGCCUUAGACGAAAUGACCGCAUCUCUUCAAGAAAUGAAGACGCCCGUUGCAAGUAAAUAAGACAUACAGCUAUGUCUUUACGAAAGGGGACCACCUAACAAGGACUGGACUACUUUUAAACUCUUAACUUCGUAGCAUUCGAUUCACGACACCUUUGAAAUGGUGGUAACGAUCUCAUAUUGGACAAUGCCAAAGGGCUCAAUGGACGAUUUUUGACGACUGUGGAGAAAAGUAAAUGUUAAAGUGCCCCUGAAAUGAUAUGUGCAAGUAAUGCUAGUUCACCUUUAUCCACGGGUAACCUUUAUUCGUUGUUUUUAAAAACAUGGUAUUUAGGGACAUCAAGUCGACGGGCAGUGGUUGCAAACUUCAAAAUGCAGUUUGAAACCAUUGCCCAAUUUUGAACAACGGAUUAAGGUUCCCCACGGAUAAAGAUGAACUAGCGUUACGAGUACAACAAACAACUUCUCAGCAUUAAUUUACAAUGUUGUCGAAAGGAAACUAACAAGAUUCUGAAAAAUUGACCGUGUGUGUAAUUAAACGGAGAAGUCCACUACUAAUAUAUGUUAUUUAAAAGGUUGUAACUACUGGAUUAUCCACCAAUGUACAUACCGAUUGACGCAAAUCAAUCUGUUAAUUGUAUUUUAUAGUAUUUAAUCAUAUUUAACAUUAAUCAAUCUGUAUGUGAAUGGAAACUUCCAACAAAUAAAAGAAAUUCGAAAAUGUCA